AUGGAGGCCGUCAAUGCCACCGGGGCAUCCUCAGUCUUUACGUCUGUUCUCGCCAAUUCGAAAUAUGUCAGCGCCAACAUUCCUCCCCAGCUGGACUAUGUGAUCGAGACCAUCUCUACCGCGGGGCCAUGGACUUGGCUCUUCACCAUCAUCGCCCUCUGCGUCGCCUAUGACCAAAUCAGCUAUCUUCUCAACAAGGGCUCUAUUGUCGGUCCGGCAUUCAAGACGCCUUUCAUUGGGCCUUUCCUACAGUCCAUGGACCCCAAAUUUGAAGAGUACUAUGCCAAGUGGCUGAGCGGCCCCUUGAGCUGCGUCUCUGUUUUCCACAAAUUUGUCGUUAUUGCGUCCACUCGUGAUAUGGCUCGCAAGGUUCUCAACUCCCCAAUGUACGUGAAGCCUUGUGUCGUCGACGUUGCCCACAAGCUCCUCGGAAAGGACAACUGGGUUUUCCUUGACGGCAAGCUCCACGUGGAUUUCCGCAAGGGUCUCAACGGUCUUUUCACCCGCAAGGCUCUUGCAGACUACCUUCCCGGCCAGGAGGAGGUGUACAAGGCGUAUUUCAAGCGAUUCCUCGACAUCACCAAGGAGAAUGGCGGCAAGCCCGUUCCCUUCAUGCCCGAGUUCCGUGAACUCAUGUGCGCCGUCUCUUGCCGCACCUUUGUCGGCCACUACAUCUCCGACGAGGCCAUCAAGAAGAUUGCUGAUGAUUAUUAUCUCAUCACCGCAGCUCUUGAGCUUGUCAACUUCCCCAUCAUUCUUCCUUACACUAAGACCUGGUAUGGAAAGAAGGCUGCCGACAUGGUUCUCGCUGAAUUCGCCAAGUGUGCUGCCAAGGCAAAGGUCCGCAUGGCUGCUGGAGGAGAAGUCACCUGUAUCAUGGAUGCUUGGAUUCUGGUCAUGAUCCAGUCAGAGCGUUGGCGCGAGGCUGAGGCCAAGGGCCUACCCACCGAGGAUUUGGUGAAGCCGUCACCCAUGGUGCGCAUGUUUGGAGAUUACGAGAUCUCCCAGACCGUCUUCACCUUCCUCUUUGCCUCUCAGGAUGCCACCAGCAGUGCCGCCACCUGGCUCUUCCAGGUUACCGCUCAACGACCCGAUGUUCUCGACCGUAUCCGAGAGGAAAACCUCAAGGUCCGCAACGGCGAUAUCAAUGCUGACCUCAACAUGGAUCAACUCGAGUCUCUGACUUACACCCGUGCCGCCGUUCGAGAACUCCUCCGAUACCGCCCACCGGUCCUCAUGGUUCCGUAUCUGGUCAAGAAGCCGUUCCCCAUCACCGACACCUACACUGUUCCCAAGGGCUCUAUGCUGAUUCCUACGACGUACAUGGCUCUGCAUGAUCCCGAAGUCUACCCCAACCCUGACUAUUACGACCCCGAGAGAUACUUUUCGGGCGAUGCCGAAGUCAAGGGUGCCAAGAACUACCUGGUGUUCGGAACCGGCCCUCACUACUGCCUUGGUCAGCUAUAUGCCCAGCUUAACCUGGCUCUGAUGAUCGGAAAGGCCUCUGUGCAAAUGAACUGGACUCAUCACGCCACCCCUCUCUCAGAAGAGAUCAAGGUGUUUGCAACCAUCUUCCCCAAGGAUGACUGCCCUCUUACUUUUGAAGCGAGAAACUAA